UCCCCAAUCCCCAAAUCCCCCAAACCCUAGAAAAAUCUCUCGCGCGGAGCUCGGUCCCGCCCGCCAUGAGCGCCCCUAUGGAGAUCUCCUUCUCCGCGCCCCCGCCCCCGCCCCCGCCCCCUCCGGACGCCGCAUGCACCGUGGUGACCGCCCCGUCGCUGGUGCCUGCCGCCGCGGUCUCCUCCUCGCCGCCGUUGCCACCGCAACAGCAGGCGGAGGCGGCCGUGGUUGCUCCUUCCCCGGCCGACGAAAAGGUCCUCGUCUCAGUUGAGGUACUGCUGCACGCCACGAGCGCGGCUCGCCACGAAGACGUCCAGGUGGCGGUCGAGAGGAUGCUAGAAGCUCGAAGCUUAAGCUAUGUUGAUGGGCCUGUGCCGAUUCCUGCUGAUAAUUCUUAUCUUCUUGAAAAUGUCAAAAGGAUCCAAAUCUGUGACACUGAUGAGUGGGUUGAAAAUCACAAAGUUCUCUUAUUUUGGCAAGUCAAGCCUGUUGUGCAUGUGUUCCAGCUGAGUGAAGAUGGUCCUGGUGAGGAACCAGGUGAGGAUGAUACACUCUCAAGCUUCAACGAGUGGGCCUUGCCUGCCAAAGAAUUUGAUGGUUUGUGGGAAAGCUUACUGUAUGAAGUUGGUCUCAAGCAGAGGUUGUUGAGAUAUGCUGCCAGUGCUUUGCUUUUUACUGAAAGAUGUGUGGACCCAUAUCUGGUUUCAUGGAACCGGAUUGUACUCUUGCAUGGUCCACCUGGAACAGGGAAGACCUCCUUGUGUAAAGCACUAGCACAGAAACUUUCUAUUCGCUUCAAAUCAAGGUAUUCUAUGUGUCAAUUGAUUGAAGUGAACGCUCAUUCAUUGUUCAGCAAGUGGUUUUCUGAAAGUGGAAAACUGGUAGCCAAACUUUUCCAGAAGAUCCAGGAGAUGGUGGAGGAAGAAAGCAACUUGGUAUUUGUAUUGAUAGAUGAAGUUGAAAGCCUUGCUGCUGCCAGACAAGCUGCCAUAUCUGGCUCUGAACCUUCAGACUCCAUUAGAGUUGUGAAUGCGCUGCUAACACAAAUGGACAAACUGAAGUCCUGGCCAAAUGUUAUCAUUUUGACAACAUCAAAUAUCACUACAGCGAUUGAUAUUGCAUUUGUUGACAGGGCAGACAUUAAGGCAUAUGUUGGACCCCCUACGCUUCAAGCACGAUACGAGAUCUUGAGGUCAUGCAUACAGGAACUUUUAAGAGUUGGUAUUCUUACAUAUCCUCAGGGCGGUAGUGUGCCAUGUAUUCUGAACUAUUCAACCCUGAAGGAGAAAAAGCACUGUCCUGAGGCUGUAGAACCCCAUGGCGCGCUUCAUCUCUCGAGUUUACUCUAUGAAGCUGCAGAAUUGUGCGAGGGACUUAGCGGACGGUCAUUGAGAAAACUCCCUUUUCUGGCACAUGCCUCUGUCGCCAACCCUUCGUGCUGCGAUGCUUCUACUUUCAUGCAUACAUUGAUACAAACUGCAAAAAGAGAGAUCUUGGAGUCGCGUGGUUAGUUCAAGCUUGAUGCCUUUUGACUUUUUUUGGAGGAGCAAAAUGCUAACAGUCCAUUCAGAGUGCCAUGCCCCUGAAUCCCCGAUAUGGUCAGGAUAGAUGUACAAUCGUCUAAGGUUGCUAAAAGCACAAGAAGAACCAUUCUGUCUCUAGGGUUAGGUUAAGAGUUUCAGAACAGAUGCAAUCUGUGCCUCUCUGAUUGCUGUUUCAGUACAAUUGAUCUUCUGUAAAUCUUUACACAGUACGAGAAUCAGUACCGUGAGGGACGUCAUGCUGUCGUCCAUUGCAAAUUAGUGACAUAUUCUGGUGACUGAAAUCAGGGUUGUUUCCUUCCCUGCAA